GGGGGUUGUAGUUGACACUUAACUACUUAACUGUAGGGAUGGGCUCACUGAUUCCUGAUUGGUUUUACAUUUCAUCCUUCUUUUUUCCCCUCCUAUCCUUCCUUCUUUUCUGUUUCUGUCUCUGACCCCAGGGGAGGGGAAACGGGAAUAGUGAGAGAUCAAAAAUAAACCUCUUAUGUCAAAGCCGGGAAGGAAUAUAAAUACGAAAGGCUCGGCAGCCCACUCGGUGCUUCCAGAGAAAGGAGGCGACCGAACCGGACAGCGCGGAGGACACACGCUUGCUCGCCGCCCUGGGCGCCAGCUGCUCAAGCUCUGCUAGGUUAGCUGACGGGCGCUGGAGGAGCGGGCUGCGCGAACCAGAGGGGCCGCCAGGGGACCGCGGCGCCUGCUGCCGCUGGCCGAGUGGGCCUCCCCAUCUGAUUGAUCAUUUUUCCUGGAGAGAGCGGCCCGGCCGCCUUGGGCCACCAGCACCUGCCCGCGCGCGGCUGCCUUCUUCGCUCCCCCGCGCUCUGCAGCCUUCUGCCCCCAUGCUCCGAGACCCCACCGCCGCCCGGUGGCCGCCCCUCCUGCUAUUGCUGCUGCUCUUGCAGCUGCGGCCGCCGCCACUCGUCUGCGGCGCUCCGGCGGGGCCGGGAACCCGGGCACAGGCCUCGGAGCUGGUGGUGCCCACUCGGUUGCCGGGCAGCGCGAGCGAGCUCGCCUUCCACCUGUCCGCCUUCGGCCAGGGCUUCGUGCUGCGCCUAGCGCCCGACGCCAGCUUCCUGGCUCCCGAGUUCAAGAUCCAGCACCUUGGGGGCUCGGGCGCGGCGGCCGGGGACGAGCCAGGACUGCGCGGCUGCUUCUUCUCGGGCACUGUGAAUGGGGAGCUGGAGUCGCUGGCGGCGGUGAGCCUGUGUCGCGGGCUAAGCGGCUCAUUUUUGCUGGCAGGCGAGGAGUUCACCAUUCAGCCGCAGGGCGCUGGGGACUCUCUGGACCAGCCGCACCGCCUGCAGCGCUGGGGGCCGGGGCAGCGCCGCGAGGACCCCGGGCUCGCCGCCGCCGAGGUCUUCCCCCUCCCUCAAGGAGUGGAGUGGGAGAUGGAGAUGGGUGAGGGGCAGAGGCAGGAGAAAAGUGACAACGAAGAGGACAGGGAGCAGGACAAAGAAAGGUUGAGCAAAGAGACAGAAGACUCCCGCGAACUGCCACCACCCUUCGGAUUCAAAACUAGGAGUAAGAGGUUUGUGUCCGAGGCUCGCUUCGUGGAAACACUACUGGUGGCUGAUGCGUCCAUGGCUGCCUUCUAUGGGACCGACCUGCAGACCCACAUCCUCACAGUGAUGUCAAUGGCAGCCCGAAUCUACAAGCACCCGAGCAUCAGGAACUCCAUCAACCUCGUGGUGGUUAAAGUGCUCAUAGUGGAAGAGGAAGGAUGGGGCCCCGAGGUGUCAGACAACGGCGGGCUCACGCUGCGCAACUUCUGCAGCUGGCAGCGGCGCUUCAACAAGCCUAGCGACCGCCACCCGGAGCACUACGACACCGCCAUUUUGUUCACCAGACAGAACUUCUGCGGGAAAGGAGAGCAGUGUGAUACGCUGGGGAUGGCAGACGUUGGCACCAUCUGUGACCCCAACAAGAGCUGCUCAGUGAUCAAGGACGAGGGGCUGCAGGCAGCCUACACCUUGGCCCAUGAACUAGGGCACGUUCUCAGCAUGCCCCAUGAUGAUUCUAAGCCCUGUGUGAGGCUGUUUGGGCCCAUGGGCAAGUACCACAUGAUGGCACCAUUCUUCAUCUACGUGAACAAGACGCUGCCCUGGUCUCCCUGCAGUGCUGUUUACCUCACAGAGCUCCUGGAUGACGGUCACGGAGAUUGUCUCCUGGAUGCCCCCACCUCGGUCCUGCCCCUUCCCACAGGCCUCCCAGGCCACAGCACCCUCUAUGAGCUGGACCAGCAGUGCAAGCAGAUCUUUGGGCCUGAUUUCUGCCACUGCCCCAACACCUCUGUGGAGGACAUCUGCGUUCAGCUCUGGUGCCGUCAUCAGGAUAGUGAUGAGCCCAUUUGCCACACAAAGAAUGGCAGCCUGCUCUGGGCUGAUGGUACACCCUGUGGCCCCAAGCACCUAUGCCUGGACGGCAGCUGUGUGCUCAAGGAAGAAGUGGAGAAUCCCAAGGCUGUGGUAGAUGGAGACUGGGGUCCAUGGGGACCCUGGGGAGAAUGUUCUCGCACCUGUGGAGGAGGAAUACAGUUUUCCAACCGUGAGUGUGAUAAUCCAGUGCCUCAGAAUGGAGGAAGAUUUUGCCUGGGAGAGAGAGUCAAGUACCAAUCAUGCAACACAGAGGACUGUCCACCGAAUGGAAAAAGCUUCAGGGAGCAGCAGUGUGAGAAAUACAAUGCCUACAACCUCACUGACCUGGAUGGGAAUUCCCUUCAGUGGGUCCCCAAAUAUUCAGGAGUGUCCCCCCGAGACCGAUGCAAGCUGUUUUGUAGAGCCCGGGGGAGGAGUGAGUUCAAAGUGUUUGAAGCCAAGGUGAUCGAUGGCACUCUGUGUGGGCCGGAUACUCUGUCCAUCUGUGUCCGGGGGCAAUGCGUCAAGGCUGGCUGUGACCAUGUGGUGAACUCACCUAAGAAGCUGGACAAGUGCGGGGUGUGUGGAGGCAAAGGCACUGCCUGUAGGAAGGUCUCCGGUUCCUUCACCCCCUUCAGUUAUGGCUACAAUGACAUUGUCACCAUACCAGCUGGUGCCACAAACAUUGAUGUGAAACAACGGAGCCACCAAGGGAUCAGGAAUGACGGCAGCUACCUGGCCCUGAAGACAGCCAAUGGGCAGUACCUGCUCAAUGGCAACCUGGCCAUCUCUGCCAUAGAGCAGGACAUCUUGAUGAAGGGGACCAUCCUGAAGUACAGUGGCUCCAUGGCUACCCUGGAGCGGCUACAGAGCUUCCAGGCCCUACCUGAGCCCCUGACAGUGCAGCUCCUGACUGUGCCUGGUGAGGUCUUCUCCCCCAAAGUCAGAUACACCUUCUUUGUUCCCAAUGACAUGGACUUCGGCAUGCAGAAUAACAAAGAAAGAGCAACCACCAACAUCAUCCAGUCAUUGCCAUACGCAGAGUGGGUGCUGGGGGACUGGUCUGAAUGUCCUAGCACUUGUGGAGGUAGCUGGCAGAGGCGGACUGUGGAAUGCAGGGACCCCUCAGGUCAGGCCUCUGACACCUGUGACGAAGCUCUGAAACCUGAGGAUGCCAAGCCCUGUGGAAGUCAGCCAUGUCCCCUGUGAUCCCCUUGGUGGAACUGCCUUAGGCUUAUGGACUUGGGCUACUGGGGUAUAGACAAGGGUCCUCUCUGAGGUGUUACUACAUAUCAAGAUGGCAUGGCCCUUCUAGGCCUCCUGUUACUGCAGCCCCUUGGAUACUGCCUAAUUCAUAAGGAAGAGGAGAAGAGGGUAUGAGGAUGACAGAUCCUAAAAGUUGACUGUCUAGUGGACUGGACUUUGCUUAUGUUCAAGUAGAAGGUAUAGGUUAAAAGGAAAAGUGCACUUAUUGAUCCAAAUGUGAGAUUUCGGAGCCAGCCUCUUUGCAAAGGACUAGAAAAGUUAAAUGAAAAAGAAGAAAUCUGUUCUAUUUUGGUUUCCCCAAUAAUUAAUCUACCUCAUAGCAGGGGGGAAAUUAGUGAAUGGGAGGUAUAAGGCCAGGUGUUAAUGGUGAAUGUCAAAGCAAGCUCCAGAGCUGUCUUGAGCUAUCUUCAGAAAUGACCAUGGCUGUCUUCGGUGUUAAAAAUCUGUUGUGUAAAGAGUGAUGGCGUCCAUCACAGGGUUGUAGAGAGCCACUUGUCCUCAGGCUUCCACCUGCUGGGGAGGACCCAUUUCAAGUAUUUAUACAAAUAUGUCUCUGAACUAAAGUGUGAUCUUAUUAUGCCAAUGAAAUUGUCUAGUCUGGCUCAUUGUUUCUCUGGAAAGGGCAAAGACCCAGCACUCAAGACAAUGAUUAAAACUAGCUUACCUGGAACGCACAUGGGGCAGCUGCCAUCUUCCCUGGGUAUCUUCAACUUUCAGUAAGCUGGUGAAGCCUUUGGCUCUGGUAGGCCUGCUAAAUGUAACUUGUGUGAGCAGCUGUUUAUCUCUGUUAUCCACACCAGUGGUUCUCAAACCCCAGUGCCUC